AUGCGAAAGUAUGCCUUGAUCAAGGACAAGUCCGAUGAGGAGCUCCAGGCCAUUGAGAAGUCUUUGGUUCGCAAGCUGGACUGGAAGUUUCUGCCCAUGGUGACUUGCAUGUUGUUGAUGAACUACCUCGACCAGAUCAACGUCAGCAACGCCAGGCUGAGCGGGAUGCAAAAAGACUGCCACAUGACGGACGUGCAGUGGUCCGCCGGCAUCUCCAUGUUCUACGUCGGCUACAUCAUCUCGCAGGUUCCCGCCAACAUCAUCGUGGCCAAGGGCAAGCCCCGCUGGCUACUCCCCUUCUUCAUGCUGGCCUGGUCCGCCGUCACCAUCUGCAUGACCGCCAUCGACUCGCCCUGGGCCUUUAUGCUGUGCCGCUUCCUCGUCGGCGUGACCGAGGGCCCCUUCGUCCCCGCCGUGUCCCUCCUCACCUCGUCGUGGUACACAAAGUCCGAGUCGCCCCUGCGCAUGGGCAUCUGGCACGCCGGCAACGUCAUCUCCAACGUCAUCUCGGGCCUGCUCGCCGCCGCCGUGCUGCAGAACAUGGGCGGGCUCGGUGGCCUGGCCGCCUGGCGGUGGUUCCUGCUGCUCGAGGGCGCCGUCAGCUUGGUCGUGUGCUUCGCCUCGUUCUGGUUCAUCCCCAACUUCCCCUCCACCACCGGCACGUACUUUAUGACCGCGGAGGAGGCCGAGAUGGCUCAGUACCGCCAGGACGUCAACGCCGGUGGCGUGUCUGAGGACGACGAGGGUGGUCACUGGGAGGGUGUUGCCCUGGCUUGCAAGGACCCCUUCACUUGGUUCUUUGCUGCCAGCCACUUUGCCAUUGUUAACGUUGGGCUCCACAUCUCCGACCCCCCUAAAGUCCGGCCCCCUUGA